AUGUUCAACUUAUCAUCCAACAACGAUGUCAAUAUUGUGGGCGAUGUCAGUUACCGGCUGGUCACCGGCAAGUCCAAUAUGAAGAUCCAUCUCGACCACCAUUUUACAAACAGAAUUUAUACAUCAUCCUCCUCGGUAUCUGGGCAUGUUCAAAUUGAAGUCAGCAAAGACACCCAAUUCGACAAGGUCCAGAUCCUGUUCAUGGGAACUGGGAAGAGCCGAAUGGAUGGCGUACGCUCACCUCACAUAACAUCACAUACAUUUCUAAAGCUCGAGAUGCCCAUUCCAGAAUCGUCAUAUCCCGCCCCAAGGAUCUAUGAAGCUGGUCAAUCGUACCGGAUCCCGUUCAAUUUCGUCAUUCCUCGCCACCUGACGCUAAAUGCGUGCAAUCAUAAUAUUGACAGCGAUGCCGUCAAGGAUAGCCACUUAUGCCUACCACCUUCGAUGGGUUCAUGGGGCGGCAAAGAUGAUCUAGCUCCGGACAUGUCAACAGUAGAGUACACUGUCGUGGCACGGCUCUUCGCGGAGGAGGACCAUACCAGGAAGCUCACGAAAAUCAUGGAAAUGUCAUAUCCUGUCAGAAUCUUGCCAGCUCAUCCUGAGUCGCCGCCGCUGCAUGUUACCCCUCGCGACAAGCUUUACAAAAUGUCCAAGACCAAAACGCUUCGAAAGUCGAUUAUUGCAGGAAAAGUCGGAAAGCUCACAGCCACUGUCAAGCAACCAAGCGCUGUCAUGUUGAGUUCGGAUGCUACCUCAGCCACAACUACUGCUGCACAGGUUGACCUUGUUUUUGACCCAUCAUCCAGUCUAUCAUUGCCACCGACAGUGACGGGUGUUUCAUCUAAACUCUCGGCAGUAACAUAUUAUUGCGCAGGUGCCAUCAAUGGUUUCCCGAACAUGGGUGAAUGGGUCAGGGCAUUCGGUGCGGACUCUCGUGGGUCGUAUCCUAGCUCGGUUUCUCUCGCAGCCACGCACAUCGACAAACUCAGGUGGCGACAGAAUAUCAAGAUGGAAGCCAGAAGAGGCUCUGCUGCCUCAACAACCACCACGGCUACGUCUGACUCUAUUGAAUCUGUAUCAGACGCGGGGCGCACUGGACAAGACAGCGAUCCCGACCGGCGACGAGGCAGCAAGGAUUCCAGUAAGGAAGAGUCGCCCAUUUACCACACCGCAAGUUUUCGAGUGCCAAUAGACUUGCCAGUGCACAAGAAGUUGUUCAUUCCAUCAUUCCACUCAUGCAUCGUCUCGAGAGUGUACGUUCUCUGGCUUACGGUAUCUUUAUCAUGCGGAGGUAACAACACAAACAUCAUGCUAGGCGUGCCGUUGCAAAUUGGUGUGCUGUCAGCAGAAGGGGUCAUCGAUCAUUUAGGUCCCCCUAGCUUUGAAGCGGCAGUGGAAGAGGCUCAAGCAGAUGAGUUCUUGAGGCCACGAACGAUGUCUGUUCCAGAUGUCCAAUUUCAGAGGCAUGCGCUGCCUGGUUACGCAGACUUGAUGUCCGGGCGGGCAGUCGUGGCCCAUUGA